AUGGCUUCACCCACCACUGACGUCUCUCUCAUGGAUACAGAGCUACCAAUAACCUCCGAGACGACACCCGUCGACGCCCUUGCUAUUUCUCUGGAAGGCGCAAAACUUCAAGAUGAAGACUUGUCACCAGAACAAGACGACACUCCCACUCCUCAACCCUCUCAGCGUCCACUGAGAAUCUACACUGCAGCUCAGAUGCUGGCUUUGAGUAAAUCACCGCUGGUUGCGCCUCCAACGGACAUGCCUGAACUGAAAGAUUGGUUUGGUGCUGAAAAUGAACAGAAUUUGAACAAGAAAGAUCAUGACUCGACUCCUCCUAAUAGUGCUCGGGAGCGGCGAUUCCGACGAGACGUCGACGAUAACGAUGCGUCUUCGCGGCCCUCUUUUCGAUCCACACUCUCUCAACCUUCACAAAUGGGAAAUUUCAAACACCAAUCUUUGCGCGACAGAGAUGGCGAUAAAGACAGGGACCUCAGAGACAAAGAGGGACAGGAGAGACUAAGAAAUCUGUCUGAUAAAUUCGACCGGGACCGUUUAGCACUUCCUUUGUCCAAUAUAAGGGGCAAGGACAGGGAACCUGUGUCUCAUCUAGGACCUGGGUCGAGCCGAACAUCAGGGCAGCCUCAACUUUCCGGUGUCGCUGCGCGACGAGGGGAAGCCAGGGAAAACGGCAAAAAGAAGGCAGGCGAAACUAAUGAAGAUUGGCGACGAGGUAGGACAUUCAUUUCACUAGCGGUGAGCCUCGGCGGCUGGGAAGAGAUGAACGUUCCGAUACUCGGGGGGACCGUGAUGAACGAGAGCGUCCCCGUUCUCGCGUUAGGGAUACCUCUAGGUCAAGAAGGGACCCAUCUACGUCCAAGCGAGACCGUGAGGACAGAGAUCGCCGUGACCGUGACCGGGAAGAACAUCGCAGAGACGGCGAUCGAGACGACUACCGUCGCGGGAGGGACCGUGACACGGAUAGAGGACAAUGACGAUCCUCGGCGCUGGCGAGACGAUGGUAAGAGAGAUGAACGUAUGGCAACGCGGCGAGAGCGGGAGAGAGAACGUGAACGUGAUAGACGCGAUAAGCCUAGUCAUGAUCAAGCGUGGGACCCCUCGAAUGACCGUCGUUGGACGCCUGGAGAUGAUCGGUCGAAGAAAGCUACUGGUAGGGAUAGGAAGAAUGGCACAGAUGAUGGCAGAGACCGAGACGACCGACGUAGCGAGCGCGAGAGGGAGAAGGAACCUGCAUGGAUGGACACGUAUGUCCCUACCUCAACAAGCACAGGAAUAUUAGGUGGCAAAGGUGCUGAUGGAGAAUUGGAUGGCAUCCAAGCUUGGAAGAAGGGUAUGAAGGAGAAGGAACAACGGGAGAGCAAGGCUGAUAAGCCAUCGGAGAGUGUUAAGGAUGCCAGCGAUCAGACUUCACCGCCCGAAAAACAAUUGGAUGAGAUCCAGAUCUUCAAGAUGCUGAUGAAACGGGAGCAAGAACAGAAGAAAUUGGACCAGUCCAGUGACGUCCAUCUUGAACUUCAAAAAGCCCCUACCUCUGAAUCUUCGACUAGUAUAACGACAGCUCGGGCCUCCGAAAACGUUCACAUUCCUCCUUCUGUAAACACCCCUUCUGCCAUACAAGCAGCUCCCAACGCAGCCGCUGACCCUUCAGCCUCAUUGUUGUCGAUGUUUGUCACUGGGGAACAGUCCAAACAACAAAGUAUUCUUCCUGAUCGAGAGAGAUCCAAAACUCCAACUUCCUCAAGACUUUUCCCCCGACCGAUUAACCAAGAUGGGACUCAAGCAGAUCGCCCUUCCGUUGACCCUUUGCAGCCUCAACCCACUCCUGCUUUUAAUCCUCCUCAGGGUUCUCGCCUUCUCGCCUUUGGCUCUCGAGCACCUACAAAGCCACAAGCCGCUGCAUCUCUAAUUGCGAACGGUGCGGGAACGCUGCAAUCCCAAACAAAGCCUUCCUUGGCACAACUCAAUCUACCUUCGAAUGUUUUGCCGCUGGAAAGUUCGAAAACAGAAUCUCAUCGCACGCCAAAUACAUUUUCGCCGUUUGAGGAACAUGAUCCCAGUCUUUCAUCGGGUGCAACAGAAUCCGCACGUCGCGAGCGUCAGUCAAUGUCGUCAGAAUCUGGCCCUUGGGGUGAUCCUGGUGCCGAAGGUUCUGCUCCAGGACAGGCACCUGGGAAGGGUAGCCGAUUUGCGAAGUUUUUCGAUGGUAAAACGCGGGAAGGGUUCACGUAUGCUCCUAAAGCGCAGACUCCGGUAGGCUUCAUGUCUUCCUCGCCAACCCCUGGUCAGCGACCUGAAGGCGGAUACAAUGGAAACCCUGACCUCAGAAAUAUGGACGACAUCUAUGCUAUGUUGAACAAUUCUUCACAGGCUCAGCGGCCCAAUACCAUAAAUCCUCCGAAUUCUGCUCCUACGCUUGGUGGCAUCCCAUUUGGACAGCACGCGCAAGCUCAAUUACACUUGCUUCAGCAGCAGCAGCAAUUGCAGUCGCAGUCGCACCAUUUGCAGAAUAGCCGACUGGAACCGUUAUACGAGAGCCGUCUCGAUAAUCGCAACUUCAUGCCGGAUGGACUGGUACCUGGCUUGCGGUCCGCUCCUCCCCCGCGAAAUCGUGAAAACGGCGGGAUGUUUUCAGAUCCUCUGGACGAGGCUAUCCAUCUGAAUGCCCAACGUAUUCCUCCCAUGCCGCAACGCGGAAUUGAUCAUCUCUACUCUGGCCCAGUUCCUUACUCCCAGCCUGCUGGGCGACAUGCGGCGGUUCCUCUGCAGCAGUACCGUGGUGGACCCUCACCUAUUUCCAGUCAGAAUCCGCUAGCGUCUCAGCAUCAGCGCAUACCUCCAGGAUUAGCAAAUCUUGGAGGACGUCCGCCUCAUGAACCCAACCAGUUUGUUGGGAUACCAAGCGUUCAUGGUGGACCCGUGAACGGGCCUCAGCCUUUUACCACCUUUGCCCCUGGCGGAAACUUGGGAUACGUAGGCCCCCCUAGGGCUCCGCCUCAACAGCUACAAAGUACUGUUUCACAGCAUGCACUGGGAGGUCUGGGACAUCCGAAUGGACUAGAUUUACGGAGCGCCAAUCAAUCCCAACUUUUGAACAUGGGAACGCUUGGCGGUGGUGUCCGAGGCAUGGGCGCCAACGUGUAUCCUGGGCAGAACCAUAGUGCACAAGCCUCGCUGCAUGCUAUGCGGCAGCAGCAGCAGCAGCUUCCUCCCCAUCUCGCCCCUCAUAUGCUGCCCCAUCUUCAACAACAAGUACCACCAAACGCUCAAUCAGCUGAUCUCAUGGCACUUCUGUUGGGCGGUCAACGCAGAGAGUAG